CUCAACUCACAAUGGCAACAACCUUCUCCAGCCGUGUGUCCAUGUCCUCCGGAUCAUCCAUCGCAGGGGGUUCGUCUGGGCUCUCCCUGUCCGGAGGUGGAGCUCGCUUGAGUGUCAUGCGGGCUGGUAGUGUCUACGGCGGUGCAGGAGGAUCCGGAGUUCGCAUCUCCAGCGCUUUUGGAGCAGGCGGUGGUGGUGGCGCAGGGUUCGGGUUCGCUGCUGGCGGUGGUGGCGGUGGUGGCGGUGGCGGUUUCAGCAUGGCCAGCGGUGGUGGAGCUUUCGAGGCCGUCAUUGGCAAUGGGAAAUUCACCAUGCAGAACCUGAACGACCGUCUGGCCUCCUACCUGGCCAAGGUGCACACCCUGGAAACGGCCAACGCCGAGCUGGAGCUGAAGAUCAGACAGUUUCUGGCGGCUAAGAUCUCCCCUGCCGCCCAUGACUUCUCUGGCUUCAUGGUCACCAUCAGCGACCUCCAGGCCAGGAUUAUGGCCAUCAUCAGUGUUAAAGGAGCAGCUGUGCUGGGUAUUGACAACGCCAAACUGGCUGCCGAUGACUAUAGAGUCAAAUAUGAGGCAGAGCUGGCCAUGCGCCUCUCUGUUGAGGCUGACAUCGCUGGACUCAGGAGGGUGCUGGAUGACCUCACCCUCUCCAAAUCCGACCUGGCCAUGCAGAUCACAGGCAUCCAGGAGGAGGUCGCCUUCCUGAAGAAUAACCACCAGGAGGAUCUCCUGGUUCUGCGGGCACAAAUCGGCGGCACAGUAAACGUGGAGGUGGACGCUGCUCCUCAGGAGGACCUCACUAUCGUCCUGGCCGGCAUCCGUGAGCACUACGAGACUGUGGCCACCAAGAACAGAAGGGAGCUGGAGGUCUGGUUCCAGGCAAAGACCGAAGCGCUCAGCAAAGAAGUCCUGACAAGCACAGCCACCCUCCAGACGUCCACAUCAGAAGUCACAUCCAUCAGGACCACUGCACAGGCACUCCAGAUCGAGCUCCAAGGCCUCAUCAGCAUGAAAGCGUCCAUGGAAGCCACUCUGGCUGAGACACAGACCCGCUAUGCUGGCAUGCUGGCCAGCUUCCAGAUGCAGGUGAGCAGCUUGGAGGGGCAGCUUGGCGCUCUCCGCGGAGGCCUUGAGCACCAGGGCCACCAAUACGCAAUCCUGCUCGACAUCAAGACCAGACUGGAGCUGGAGAUCGCCGAGUACAGGAGACUGCUCGACGCGGCAGUGUCGGCAGCGGCUGUGUCAGCAGUGGUUGAGUCAGCGGUAGUUGUAGCAGCGCCAACGUCCAGCACUAGAACCAGAGUGGUGACAGUGACUGAAGAGCUGGUUGAUGGACAGGUGGUGUCUUCUUCCACUUCCUCCUCCGUCAUCGGUUCCUAAGGAGGUGCCGUCACUGAAGUGGAACCCCUGACCCAAGACUUACCUGUUGCUGAUUCACCUGAGCACAAGGCAGGUUUAACCCUGCAGUUUGCCACAGGUUAUCUGUGAUAUCUAGUCACAAACACUUCCAAUAAAGCAA